UGAAAAGAUACAGUGCUGAUAGCUGCAGAGGAUGCUACAAGGGUUUUGUGCAAAUUUGUGAUCCCAAUGGAAGAGACAAAAGAAAACUUAACGUUUAAAGGUGUUGCAGAGAGACUGACGCUCGGCAUAACUCGAAUACUCGAGAACAUGCCUGGUGUGGUCGAUGUGCGUUUUGUAGAGAGGGAGCCUGCAGAGAAGAGGAGCCUGCUUUCAUGGGAGCAGAAAAACACUUGUAUUUUGCCAGAGGACCUGCGAGAUUUCUAUCUGACCAUUGAUGGAUUUACACUCACCUGGAGCAUUAAAUUAGACAAUGAGUGUGUUCCCCUCGGAUGCAUGAUGAUUAACAGUGUAGCCAGGCUGUGCCCACUCCUUCAACCAGUAUCAUUAUUCUCUCUACCCAACGCACCCUCAUUGGCUGACCUGGACUGGGAGGAGAGCAACACAGACAGCGGGCCGGGGCACGCUCCCGCUGCACCCCAUUUUGAUUCACGGAGCCGCAUCUACGAGCUGGAUUCCUGUGGCGGGAAUGGAAAAGUGUGUCUAGUCUACAAAAACUGCACUCCAGGUGUGGUAGCCCAGCAGAGUGAAAUUUGGUUCCUUGAUCGCUCACUGUGUUGGCAUUUCCUCACAUCAACCUUCACCUCCUACUACCGACUGAUGAUCACCCACCUGGGUCUGCCUGAAUGGCAGUAUGCCUUCACUCCAUAUGGUCCUAGCCCCCAGGCCAAGCAGUGGGCAUCGCUGUACCAGCCACUGACUUUCAGCAGUGAGCUCAGCUUGGCUGAUCCUGCUGGAGAUUCCCACCUCAACAAACUGGAUCCUACAAAGGCCUUCAAAGGCAAAGCCAAGGUACCCGUCCCCAAGAAGAAGCAGUCGACACAGUGCAGCUCAGGAAGCACUGCAAAGAGCCAAGGCAGCACAGGGAAACACAGUGGGGGAAAGCGGUGAAAAAUCCUUCCCUUCCAAGAAAAACAUUUCAACAAACUUUACUGUCCAACAAGGCUCAGAGGAACAGCCUGUGGUUCCAUCAUUGGCUGGAUU